AUGCAAAAACAAAUCAAGUUGGGGCUACGAAGCGACACUCUCACCACCCGUCUAGCUAAGGGCCUCCGCAAAUCCGCGAAAUCCACCACCGAAUCCUACAUAGUCUAUGGAGAAACAGAGGCAAUUUUCAAGGCCUGUGCCAGUCAGGCAGACUAUACCAUACCUGAGGACCAGCGUAUGUCGAUAUUGACUGGCAAAGGACCACCCAAGACUGCGGACGGGGCAGACCUAGGUCACGCUAUUGCCAAGUCGUGGUGGUAUGACACCAUUGGUCUCGAACCUACUUUCGCCAGUUGGUCCCAGGUGACCUACUUACACAUGUACAUCAUCACGUUGCGAUUGCGGAACCUGGAGACCGCAGAUGCAUGCCGUAAUUAUCAACGAUACCUGACCGAGCAUUUCUCUCACGCGGCGGAAGAUAAGAUGGUACUACUGCACAACAUGUCCGCGCGAAGUAUUCGGAAUAAGUACCUCAAAGACCUAUUCUUGCAAUGGCGAGGCAUUAUCACAGCCUACGACGAGGGCAUCAUCAAGGGAGACGCCGUGCUGGGAGGUGCAAUCUGGCGAAACUUGUUCCGAGGUGAUGAGAAUGUCGAUUGGGAAAAAGUUGCACAGGUCGUGGCUUUCCUUCGUAGAGCUGUUCAGACCUUCGGCAAUCAACCAAUUCACAACAUUGUCAUGAACUCUGAGGGUCCCAAGGGACUGUGGGCACAGACCCAUUCUUAA